AUGUUAGAACAACAACGUGUUAUAUUUAAAAACAAAUUUAAAGAGAUUAUAGUAGAUGAAAUACCAGUUGUAGAUGUACCAAGUCGAAGUGGUUAUGAUAUGUGUAUUAAAGUUAAACCAGGUAGUAAGCCAAUUAAAAGAAUAGCUAGAAUCAUAUACCUGAAGUAA